UAUUGAUUCCCAAUAGGUUUUAAGAUGUUACAAUUUAAUUUUUUAUAUUUUUAAAAAAAUGCUUUAUUUUCAUAUGAAAACCAAAAAUUACAAUGCAUGUGAACACAACGCUCCAAAGCUACAAGCUCCUCUGACCAGUGAAGGCCACCUUCUACCCAGCAACGCCUCCUGAUUGGAAGAGUAGCCCAAAUGCAUUAUGGGAAAUGUGACAUCAUCCCACGAACUCUUCCCUCCAUUUUGAUGAGAAGACGCAUGCAUGGAGCUGAUCCUCGUCAGUAUGUUCGCUUCUCAUGUUUUUUGUUAAGCCAGCCUGAAGAAGACUAAGUUUGUUCGAAACGUUGCAACCUUGGCUUGUAUUAUUUUUUUAUUAAACCGAAGUUGAUCGGUAAAAUCACGUUUCCUAGUUUAUUAUUAGCAUAGCCUCCCAGUAUUAGCAUAGCUUGUUAGCCACGUGUGACGGAGGUACCUUCUGCAACGGGCCGAAUUACACAAGGACCACAGUAAGCCAUGCCACCGCGCCCACACGACGACGGAUGGAUACUGGUGCAGUCCAGAGGAGGCAGACGGAGGGAACGGGCCUAUGAACGCGACAGGCCACAGAACAGACGUGCAGCUGCGGAUUUUUCCAGCUACGGACGCCGAUCUUAUGCGGACGUCACCAGGGAGGGAGCCCAUUUUCUGGAGCCGGCCUUCUACGGCAGACAGCAGGUGAGACAUCGCCCUGCACCGCAGCCGUUCUAUAGCGGGCCGCGCUACCCAUUUCAAAAUGGCGCUCAACGUGCGCCAAGACCUAGACCACGCGGUCCCUCCAACCAAAAUGGCCGCUACGUCUUUGUACCAGCAGGUGCUCGGAAUGAAGCCCCCCCCCACAGGGUACAGUCUAAUGACCCUGAUUUUACAGAGAAGGUGCGUGUAAUGAACAGACUGAUUAAAGCUGUACACCACCUCACCAAUGUGUCCAGAGAGGCUCAUCCUCCCUCCCUGGACAAAAUAACAAACAAUCUAGCUACAAUUAUCAAACCAGCAUCCCCAAAUCUACAAACACAGACUUUGAUUGACGGCAAUGCUAGAAAUUGGGCCUUCACUACCGUUCUCAUCCUCAGAGAGCAUUAUCAAAAGAACAUUGACUCUGAAAUGCAAAAGCUCACCCAGUUUCCUUCACCGGACUGGAGAGGCCCCUUUGAAAUAGCCACAACGUGGGCGAAACGUAAUUUAGGCAGACGCCUGAGACAGGAUACAAUAGACCGUGCCCAGGCGGUCAUCAUUGCCAGGACGACAGAAACAGCACCUCCUGCUCCUCUUCCUGCUGCUGCCGUUUCUUCUCUCCCAACGCAGACAGCUGACCAGACAGCAGAAGAGGACCCACAUGCUGUGAUUGAGCUGGCUCCAUCAUCACCUCCAGUGAACCAGCCUCCCUCCACGAGACCACGGAGCCCAGCUGCAGCACAGCCACCCCCUUCACCACAAAGCAGCAGUCAUCAGAUCACCACGAUCGCCCAAAUCCACGCAGCGCCUCCACCUGCGCCAAUCUCCCGGGUUUCAGUGGAGACCAUGACAGAACCACAACAGGAGGACUGGUCACCUCUGUUUGACCUGGAGGAGGCAAGUGAAACAGAACUUUCUCCUCCCACAUCCCCAUCUCGUUUUUCUCCUGUAAUCCCUCUUCCACCACGCAUAAAUCGCUCUCAAAUAAGCUCUACGGCAGAAAGUGUCGUACGAGUUCUCGACAUGCAGAAGGCUGACUCUGAAGCCGAAGAGGAAAUCACUCUGGAGCCAGAACCAGCAGAUGAGCAGAUCACAGCGCUGAGCCAGAGAAAAGGAAGCCAACGCUCCUCCCACAGAGAAGGGAGUCCUCCUCCUCCUCCCAUCCAAACCAGCACCAUGGAGAGCAGAGGGUACCACACACUCACCCCUGCCACUCUCUCCAAGCUGAGAUCCAGCGUGCAAUCUCGCCUAGCCAUCGAGCGAGCAGAGCAGACGACAACUUCUGCAGCAGAAAUGCAGGUGUGUGCUCCAACACGACACGACAACACACCCCGCAAAUUUACAGAGUGGCACCUGCACAUACAUCAGAAGAAGGUCAUCAUAGGAGACUCAAACAUCAGCCGCCUCCCACCUUUCAAAGGUGGAAAUGUACAAUUGGACAGUUUUCCUGGCGCCAGAUGGCAUCAUGCAGAAUUUCUCCUGAAGACGGCCACCUUCCAGACGGAACCAGAGGUUCUCCUGCUAUCCUUUGGCCUCAACAACAGAUCCCAGAGGGAUAAAAAAGCUCCAGUCAAAGAGAUGAUCAAAGCCCUGACGGUGGCAGGACAGAGAUUCCCAGACGCCACGAUCCUCGUCCCUCACGUCAGUUUUUCACCUCACCUUUCACCAGAUGAAAAAGUCGUCCUUAUCCAUUUAAAUCAACACAUCCAAGAACUGACAGACUACAUCCCCCCACUCAGUGGCUUCUUUGAGACCCAAACUGACAGCAUCCACUGGACGGCAGCUACCGCGAAGAGGAUUCUGGAACACUGGGCUUCGUGGUUAAACUGAAGCUCCCUCUAAGCCUCUCACAGAGGGAGGGGAAAGAUGGAGUCAUGAAUCUAUGUGAUAACUUUGUUCUUUCUCUUACACAGCUUUCCCUGCUGAGCAGAGGUCUUACUUUCAUCCCUUCCAAAUGUAACAGGAUUGUGCUCACCUCUACCAUGGAAGCCUUAAUUCUAUUUUAGAAAAAGUAAUAUACACACAAUUUUUUUAUUAAUUUUUUCUGGGUCAUUACUGUUACAGCAAUAAUUGCAUACUAGGAAGUUACUUGUUUUACAGAAUGUUUGUAUUUCGUUUUCCAAGAAAAAAUAUAUACUGUUUAGGAUAUUGUAUAUUGAUUCCCAAUAGGUUUUAAGAUGUUACAAUUUAAUUUUUUAUAUUUUUAAAAAAAUGCUUUAUUUUCAUAUGAAAACCAAAAAUUACAAUGCAUGUGAACACAACGCUCCAAAGCUACAAGCUCCUCUGACCAGUGAAGGCCACCUUCUACCCAGCAACGCCUCCUGAUUGGAAGAGUAGCCCAAAUGCAUUAUGGGAAAUGUGACAUCAUCCCACGAACUCUUCCCUCCAUUUUGAUGAGAAGACGCAUGCAUGGAGCUGAUCCUCGUCAGUAUGUUCGCUUCUCAUGUUUUUUGUUAAGCCAGCCUGAAGAAGACUAAGUUUGUUCGAAACGUUGCAACCUUGGCUUGUAUUAUUUUUUUAUUAAACCGAAGUUGAUCGGUAAAA